AUGAAGAAUAGAUCCAGUAUUUGCGUCAUCUUUCUGUGGCUGUCUGCUGCGCUGAUUGCGUUUCCCACAGUACAGCAACAUGUCCCUCUAGCCAAUGCCUUUGGCAUCCCGAGCCACUCUCCCAAGACGACGAGUCCCAAACUGAAUCUGUUAAAGACUAGUUUUGUACCUCGACACUCCAAGCAGACGACAAGAUCCCAUCAUUUUUCUACUAGUAGCACAAGAUUGUCCAUGGUAUUCGAGCGCAUGUCGGAAGACUGCAUUGGUGCCUUGGUGACGGCACAACAAGAAGCGUCUCGUCUGGGACUGCAGCAAGUGGGAUCCGAAGUCUUUGUGGCCGGCAUUGUCGAUCAUCCCGAAAGUCGGGCCAUGGAUCGGACAUUGGCCAAGUAUGGCAUUACCUGGCGCAAAGUGCAACGGGCACUGACCCAAAUGUAUUCGGGCGACAACAGCAACAACAACAUCAACAAACCAGCGUCGUUGGGCAAUUUCAAGAAAUCCAGUGCUGCUGCCAAAAAGAAUGCCAACGAGAAAGACACUGUUCCGUUUUCCAAAUCCGCCAAGGCGGCCAUGAUGAGAGCGGGAAAGUUGGCGGAUAAAAUGGGAUCUACCACGGUCCAAUCGCACCACUUAUUAUUGGGAUUGCUCGAAUAUCAAGAACAAGACGAUGGAACGGCAACGGCCGCCAUUGUAGAUGCCAAAACAGACGUCUGCGACAAUGGAGCCUUGGCCGUGAUUUUGUACUUGGAUGGUUUUGAUUCGUCCGUCACGGCCGUGGAUAUCUGUCAAACACUCUUGCAACAAAUUGACGAACAAGGUGUCACGGCCAACGACAAGGGAGAACUUGUGACGGGUGUGGACGGCAGUGCCAAUACACCCACGCUACAAGAAUGCGGUACGGAUUUGACCCAAAUGGCCAGAGACGGAUUGUUGGACCCCGUGUUUGGACGCGACGCUGAAAUUCAAGCCGCUUUAAGGACGUUGGUACGACGGCGCAAAAACAAUGUCUGUUUCAUGGGUGAAGCCGGGGUGGGCAAAACCGCCAUUGCCGAAGGAAUCGCGCAAGUCUUGGUCGACAAUCCACCUCCACGAUUGGCCGGAUAUCGAUUGGUGAGUUUGGAAAUUGCCACGCUUGUUGCAGGAACCAAGUAUCGGGGAGAAUUUGAAGAACGAUUGCAGAACAUUCUGGCAGAAGUGACGGACCCCAAGGCACCUCCCACUAUUUUGUUUUUGGAUGAAAUACAUCAGCUGGUGGGUGCUGGCGCGGCGGAAGGAGGCAUUGAUGGGGCGCAACAAUUAAAACCGGCAUUGGCACGAGGACAGUUGCAAAUCAUUGGGGCGACCACGAUUGCCGAAUAUCGCAAGUACAUUGAAAAAGACGCCGCGUUGGAACGACGCUUGCAACCGGUCAUGGUCAAGGAACCGUCCAUUGAACAGACUGUUGGUAUUCUGGAAGCAUUGCAGGACAACUACGAACGCCAUCACGGCGUCACGUACACGCACGAGGCGCUCGUGGCCGCGGCCAAACUGGCCGAACGGUACAUUAAUGACCGAUUCUUGCCCGACAAGGCAAUCGAUCUCAUGGAUGAAGCCGGGGCCGUGGCGCAUUUGAGUGGAGAGGAAAAUGUCGUGGUGACCGAAGCUACCAUUGCGGAAAUCAUUUCGGAAUGGAGCAACAUUCCAAUUGGAAAAGUGCAAGAGGCGGAACAGUCGCAACUGUUGCAGCUCGAACACGACAUGACUGCACGGGUCAAGGGGCAACGACGAGCCGUUCAGGCAGUGGCACGAGCCAUUCGUCGAUCCAGGUCGGGAUUGCGGGAUCCCAAUCGACCUGUGGCAUCGUUCUUCUUUUGCGGGCCCACUGGAACGGGAAAGACAGAGCUGUGCAAGACGUUAGCGGAAACUUACUAUGGCAGUGAAAAAGAUAUGGUUCGUAUUGAUAUGAGUGAAUACAUGGAGAAGCAUUCCGUGAGUCGAUUGACGGGACCUCCUCCAGGGUACAUUGGUUAUGAAGAAGGAGGGCAACUCACAGAGGCCGUCAGAAAAAACCCUCACUGCACCGUGCUCUUGGACGAGAUUGAAAAAGCACAUCAAGACGUGUUGAACAUCCUGUUACAAAUUUUGGAGGAUGGUAUCCUGACGGAUGGAAAAGGCCGCACUGUCAACUUUAAGAAUGUGGUUCUCGUCAUGACAUCCAAUGUUGGAAGCAAACGAAUUUUGGAAGUUUCCAGAGAGGACCCCUUUGCUCCACCACCUCCGCCAGCACCAACAACACAGCAAUCCACAACUCCAGUUGACACGUCCCUGGACGCCACGCGAGCGGCUGUCGAUGGCUCCGGGGUAGAACCAAUGAAACCGGAGGAAGUACUGGAACGCAUGCAAAACAACCCUGAUGCGGUCCAACUCAUGAUGGAAGCAUCAUCCGAUCCUGUCAUUAUGCAAGCUAUGCGUACGGCCAUGGACGGAUCUCCAGCCCAGCUGUUGCAGGCGGGCAGAGAAAACCCUGCCGUUGCCAAGUUUUUAGAGCGCUUGUGGGCUGUUUUGGAUAAGGAUGGAACCAAGACGCCAACAACACAACCACCAUCAGUUAAUGGCAACUCGGGUCUCGAUGCGAUUCGUGGUGCCGUCGAGGAGAGUACGGACGAAUGGAGCGAUCCUGCCAAAACUACAUUUUCGACGGGGCUUAUGGAACAACUCGAAGGCAGAGCGGACGCUGCGACAGUCUCGAUGAUCGACGCCGAUGAACGCAAUGCUGCCCUGUAUCCAAAGUAUCUCGAGGUGGUGACAGAAGCACUCGAGGCCCAAAUGAAACCCGAGUUUUUGAAUCGCAUUGACGAGAUUGUGGUGUUUUCGCCACUGUCUCAGAAUGAUUUGUCCAAUAUUGCCGACUUGAUUCUGCAAAAGACAGUUGAUCGAGCUCAAAAAGAACUCAAGGGAAUGGAAAUCCUGGUCCAACCAUCGUUGGUGGAGCGCGUCGUGCAGGAAGGAUCGGCCAAUGCGGCUCAAUUCGGUGCCCGCCCCAUGCGCCGUGCCGCGCAACGCUUCCUGGAGGAUGCCGUGAGCGAUGCCAUCAUUCAAGGCUUUAUCCAAGAGGGAGACGUGGUGGAAAUUGAUGUGGCCGGGGACAAGAAUGGCAGCAGUGCUCCGGGUGUUUUAGAGGAGAUUAUCGUGAAACGAAGACGCGAUGGCAAGACGAUUUCGGUCAUUGUAGAAGAUGGAAGUGGAGGGAUUGGUCAAGCUUCGUCGUCGCCUUCCAGCAUGGUGGGACCCAGUGUCGAAGGACAACUGAAAGCCCAAUCCCAAGCAUUGUAA